ACAAAGAACAUGUACCAUUGCAAAGUAAUCGUUUUGCUGGCACUCCAGUUGGCGCUACUCGCUGUCGUUAGUGGUCRCGUCGUAACAAAGGACGAGCAUGAAAUUCUUUAUCCACCACAGACAGAUUCACGCAUAGUCGGUGGCGCGGCAGCGCCCGAUGGAUUGGCGCCAUAUCAAAUUUCCAUGCAGAAUCUAMGCGGUCGUCACUUUUGUGGCGGUGCCAUCAUCGAUCAGCGUUGGAUCAUCACUGCCUCACAUUGUGUGGCGGGCGCAACAGCUCCGAAAAUACAAAUUCUCACUGGCGCCCAAAAUCUGAAAAACAAUACUGGCAAAUACUACUAUCCCGAUCGCAUUAUGAUGCACACAAACUACAACCAUCCGCCAUAUGCCAACGAUAUUGCGCUCUUGCACUUGAACGAUUCGAUUGUCUAUGAUGAACACACGCAGGCRGUGAAGUAUGCUUACGAGCCGCUGAAGAAGGAUGAUGAACUGGUGCUCACCGGUUGGGGUUCCAUGGCGYUGGGUGGCUCCACACCAGAUGUCUUGCAGACACUSACGGUACGCGUAGUGCCAUAUGAAGAGUGCCGYGCUGCACACACUGACAAUUUGUCGARCUACGUGGAUGUGGGUCACUUGUGCACCUUCAAUGAUAACGGCAAAGGUGCUUGUCACGGUGAUUCAGGUGGUCCACUGGUGCAUAAUGGCACGUUGGUCGCAUUGGUCAACUGGGGAUUGCCCUGUGCAAAGGGUUAUCCCGAUGUGCAUGCGAGUGUGGCUUACUAUCACGACUUCAUACGCACGCAAUUGGCUGCAACUACUGAGGAAGCGGCUUUGGAGAAUUGAGCAACAAAGAAGAAAAAAAAAAAAUAAGAAAGUCUAGUGAAUGUAAAAAAUUUAGAAGACAAAGAAAUAGAAAUACAAUUUCCAUCUCCGAAACUAAUUGAUGGUAUGGCGUAAUUUGGAUACAUUUUUUCGAUGUCAUUGGCGUAAUUUAGAAAAUAAUUAAGCAAUAUAUAAUCUAUAAUAAACUAUACUCUUGUAUUUGCAAAGAUACCAUACAGU